AUGUCUCCCCAAACACCCCAUGAACCCAUCGCCAUCGUCGGCACAGCCUGCCGCUUCCCUGGCCCAUCCACCUCACCCUCCAAGCUCUGGUCCCUCCUCGCCUCCCCAACCGACAUCCAAACCGCCAUCCCCCCGAGCCGCUUCAACACUGAAGCGUUCCACCACCCCGUCGGCUCACACCAUGGCACCACCAACGUCCGCCACGCCUACCUCCUCACCCAGGACCUCUCCCACUUUGACGCCUCCUUCUUCAACAUCUCCCCCAACGAAGCCGACAGCAUCGAUCCCCAGCAGCGUCUGCUCAUGGAGACCGUGUAUGAGGCCCUCGAGUCGGGCGGCCACAGCAUCGAGGCCCUGAGGGGAAGCGACACCAGUGUCUAUGUCGGCUGCAUGGGUGUCGACUGGAACGACACCCUGCUCCGGGAUGUCAACCAGGUGCCCACCUACUUUGCCACCGGCACGAACCGGGCCAUCAUUGGGAACAGGCUGAGCUUCUUCUUUGACUGGAGGGGGCCCAGCAUGACGAUUGACACUGCUUGCUCGAGUUCUUUGGUUGCCGUGCACCAGGCUGUGAUGAGCUUGAAAAGCUCUGAAUCUCGCGUUGCAGUUGCGGCUGGUGGUCAGGUCAUCCUGAACCCUGAGGCAUUUGUGUUUGAGUCCAAAAUGAACAUGCUUUCCCCAACGGGCCGAUCUCGCAUGUGGGACGCCAGUGCCGAUGGUUAUGCCCGAGGUGAAGGAGUCGCAGCUGUCAUCCUUAAAAAGUUAUCUGAUGCGAUAGCGGACGGUGACUACAUCGAGGGCAUCAUCCGUGAAACCGGCGCCAACCAGGACGGACACUCUCAGGGUCUUACCGUUCCUAGCUCUGAAGCUCAGGCAUCUCUCAUUCGCAAAACCUACAGGAAAGCUGGCCUCGACCCAGAAAACAACCCUGCCGACCGCCCACAGUUUUUCGAGGCUCAUGGCACGGGCACAAAGGCAGGCGACCCCAAGGAGGCGGCUGCCAUCUAUGAGUGCUUUGGCCAACACGUCAAGGCCGAGGAAACUCCGCUGUAUGUCGGCUCUGUAAAGACAGUCAUUGGCCACACUGAGGGUGCUGCCGGUCUCGCUGGCUUCAUGAAGGGCUUGAAGAGCAUCCAGGCGGGCCAAAUCCCACCCAAUCUGCUCUUUGAGAACCUCAACCCCGCCAUCGAGCAGUACUACAAGGGUCUCACUAUCCCAACCUCCCUAGCCCCGUGGCCGCAGCUUCCCGAGGGCGUUCCCCGCAGAGUCAGCGUUAAUUCUUUCGGCUUUGGCGGCAGUAAUGCGCAUGCAAUCAUCGAGCAGUACAUCCCGACAACCACCACUCCCGAGCCCGAGAACCAGUCGCCUGUCUUUACACCUUUUGUCUUCUCUGCCGCGUCUGAGACCUCCCUCGUGGCCCACCUCGAGGCCUAUGCCGAGCAUCUCAAGACAAGGAGUGACAUCACAGCGAGAGACUUGGCAUGGACUCUGCAGUCGCGCAGAAGUCACUUGCCUAUCAAGGCUGCUUUCUCGGCCCGGUCGGUGGAGCAGCUUGUCGAAAAGCUGGAUGACAAGCUCGCUGAUCUCAAGCGUGCGGCUGGAACCACCGUCGGUGUUCGCUCCGCGACGGCCAAGUCCACGUAUCCUACCAAGAUCCUGGGUGUGUUCACUGGCCAGGGCGCCCAGUGGGCAGCCAUGGGUGGUGAGCUGAUCAAGUCUUCCGAGUUUGUCCGCAAGAGACUUGGAGACCUGGAGAGUGCGCUGGACACACUCCCGGCUGCUGAUCGCCCGGUCUGGCGUCUGGUUGAUGAGCUGCUGGCGGACUCAACCACAUCUCGCAUUGGUGAGGCGGAGCUUUCCCAGCCGCUGUGCACCGCUAUCCAAAUUGUCUUGGUCGACAUGCUCAGGGAGGCUGACAUCAACUUCAGUGCUGUUGUCGGUCACUCCUCGGGCGAGAUUGGUGCGGCUUAUGCUGCCGGCUACCUGUCCGAUGUUGAUGCCAUUCGCGUGGCCUACUACCGCGGACAGUAUGCCCGGCUUGCUGGGAACGAGGCAACCGGUCAACAAGGUGCCAUGUUGGCUGUUGGCACUUCACUAGAAGAUGCGAAGGAUCUCUGCAACCUUCGUGCUUUUUCCGGACGUUUGGCGGUAGCUGCACACAACUCGUCAGCCAGUGUUACGCUAUCCGGUGACGUCGAUGCCAUCAUCCUUGCCAAGAAGGUGUUUGACGAAGAGAAAAAGUUUGCUCGUCUUCUCAAGGUUGAUACUGCCUAUCAUUCCCACCACAUGCUGCCUUGCGGUGACCCAUACAUCGCCUCUCUCCAACAGGCUGGCGUUCGUGUCAAGAGGCCGACCUGCGCCUGGUUCUCCAGUGUUAUCGCAAGCGACAAGCCCCUGGAGCCUACCGAGACUCUUCAGGAUGUGUACUGGCGCGAUAACAUGGCCAAUACUGUUUUGUUUGCCGAUGCUGUCAAGAACGCCAUCGCUAGCGACCCACAAAUUGGUCUCGCCAUCGAGGUUGGCCCUCACCCCGCGCUCAAGGGCCCGGCUACUCAGAACAUUGGCGACAUUCGCCCUGCUCCAAUCCCUUAUACAGGCGUCCUCAGCCGUGGCAAGUGUGAUAUUGAGUCUUUCUCCGAUGCCCUCGGAUUUGUGUGGACUCAACUUGGUGCCCACGCCGUUGACUUUGCCUCUUAUGAGAAGCUCAUCUCGCCAUCUACACGCCAGCCCAAGCUCGUGGUAGACCUCCCAUCGUACCAGUGGAACCAUACCCGCUCCCACUGGCAAGAAUCGCGAAGGUCCAAGAAGAUUCGGUCCCGGACGGCAGCGCCCUUCCACGAGAUUCUCGGGAUUCCUUGCCCCGACUCAACUGACCGUGAGAAGCGCUGGACGAAUAUUCUCAAGGUGUCCGAGAUUUCUUGGCUAGACGGCCAUCAGUUGCAGGGGCAAACUGUUUUCCCUGCUGCUGGUUACGUUGCCAUGUCGAUCGAGGCCGCUCGGACUCUGGCCACGGAGCAGCCGGUGUCCUUCUUUGAGCUCAACGAUUUGGCCAUUCCCCGCGCUAUCACCUUCGAAGAGGAUGUAAACUCGUCAGUUGAGACCCUCGUCACGCUUACAAACAUCGCCACCAAGGGUAACGUCACCAGCGCCUCCUUCGCCGUCUACUCCUCCUCCUCGGCCGAAUCGGAGCUCGAGCUCAUGGCUUCGGGUUCUCUCACGAUCACCUUUGGCAACUCCUCAUCCGCCACCCUCGCGUCCAGCCCGCUAGCCGAAACCAACAUGUCGACCGUCGACGCCGACAGGUUCUACACCUCCCUUUCCAAGCUUGGGUACGGGUAUUCCGGCAGCUUCAGGGGCAUGUCCUCCCUGAAACGCUCUCUCAAUCGAGCUUCCACAUUGGUCUCCACCUACCCCUACACCUCCCAAGACCUCACCCCAUACCUCGUCCACCCCACCAUGCUCGACGUCGCCUUCCAAGCCUCCAUGCUCGCCUACUCGGCCCCAGGCGACGAGAGGCUCUGGUCGCUUCACGUCCCGACCGCCAUCCGCUCCAUCCGCGUCAACCCGGCCCUCUGCGUUUCGCCCCUGCCCGAGCACCUCCCCGUCCACGCCACCCUUGAGGAAACAAACGAGUUCUCUGCCAGCAUCGAUGUUUUCAACAACGCCGUCAACGACGGCGGGGCCAUGAUUCAGGUCGAUGGGCUGACCAUCAAGCCUUUUGCUCCGGCAACCGAGGCUGACGAUCACCGCCUGUUUUCCUACACCAAGUGGGACGUCGCCUCACCACAGGGAGAUUCCAUCACCAAGGGGAUCGAGCCCACACAGGACGAGGUUGAGCUGGCGGCUGUGUGUGAGAGGGUGUCGUUUUACUACUUGAGACGUUGGAAGGAGGAGCUCAGCGAUGAGGAGUGGGCGAAUGGCCAGGCGCAUCAUGCUUCGUUGAGGGAUUUCAUGAAUCAUGUGCUUGGUGAGGUGGAGAAGGGACGCCAUCCUUGCGUCAAGAAGGAGUGGUCGAAUGAUAGUGAUGAGGAGGUCAAGGACCUGAUCAAGAGGUGCCACAGAUACUCCCACACCAUCGACAUCAGGCUUCUGACUGCCGUGGGUGAGAAUAUUCCUGCUGCUGUACGCGGUGAGACCACCAUCCUUGAGCAUAUGCUGGUGGACAACAUGCUGGAUGACUUUUACAAGAAGGGUCUGGGCUUUGCUCGGUACAAUUCUUUCUUGGCUUCCAUGAUGGAGCAAAUGGUACAUCGAUACCCUCAUGCUAAGAUCCUCGAGAUUGGCGCUGGCACUGGCGGUGCCACCAAGUCGGUUUUGGAAAAGAUUGGGGACAAAAUGUCGUCAUAUACCUACACUGACGUGUCGGUCGGCUUCUUCGACAAGGCCGCAGAGCUGUUCCGGUCAUACAGCGACAAGAUGACUUUCAAGGUCCUCGACGUGGAGAAACAGCCUUCCAGCCAGGGAUACGAGCCCCAUUCAUACGACAUCGUCGUCGCCUCCAACGUCCUCCACGCCACCGCAUCCCUUCAAAAGACCCUGACGCACGUCCGCCAGCUCCUCAAGCCUGGUGGCUAUCUCAUGCUUCUCGAGCUUACCGACAACGGCCCCAUCCGCUGUGGCAACAUCAUGGGCGGGCUCCCUGGGUGGUGGAUAGGCGCCGAGAUUGACGGCCGCAGGUACGCCCCCACCAUCACUCCCGCCGAAUGGAACAUGUACCUGCGCAAGGCCGGUUUUGCCGGCGUCGACGCCUGCACCCCCAAGGUCAACGUUCUGCCCUGGCCCUUCUCCAUUAUGGCCGCCCAGGCCGUCGACGACAAGGUCCAGUUCCUCCGCCGUCCUCUCGCCCGCUCCAAGACUUCGGUCAAGCUCGACAGCCUCGUCAUUCUCGGAAUCGGCACCAUCGAGACAUCCGACCUCGCCGAGGAGCUGGAGGAGCUUCUCUCCCCCUUUGCCAACCAGACCACCGUCCUCACUGGGCUGCCUACCGAGGCCCAGGCAAGAGAAAUUGACCCCAUGAGCACCAUCAUCAACCUGGCCGAUCUCGACUUCCCAAUCUUCAAGCAAAUGACCACCGAUCGUAUGGAGGGCCUCCAGCGGCUGUUCGAGCUGGCAAAACACAUCCUCUGGGUCACCAAAGGCGCUCAAGCCGACGAGCCAUACCACGAAGCCAGUGUCGCUUUUUCGCGCGCUAUCAGCCAUGAGACGAGACACAUUAGCCUGAACCACCUUGACCUGUCUGAUCUGGGAAGAAACACCGGACGGGCUAUCGCGGAGCACCUCCUUCGGCAGUGUGCGCUCGACGAGUGGGAGGACGAGAAGAUCAUGUGGAGCAAGGAGCCAGAGGUGUUCUUGGACAAUGGGCUGCUCAAGGUUCCUCGUCUUGUGGCCAAUGUUGCUCAGAAUUCUCGCCUCAACUCGUCCAGGCGAAACAUCACCAAGACCUUGUCUCUUGCCGAGUCAAAGUCGAUCACUGUUGCCGUGUCGGCUGAUGGUGUUCCCGCACUGGUUGAAGAGGUCAGGCCUGUUACCAAGGAGACCCGUCAAUGUGUAAGGGUUGAGGCUUCCAGUCUGACGGCCAUCAAUGUGGUUAUUGGAAGCUUCUUAUUUGUUGGUCUGGGCAAGCAUACUGUCACUAAGGAGUCAGUUAUGACGCUGGCGCUGUCAAACUCGAUUGAGGUCACCCCCGUGGCAACGGUAUCUGUGCCACCAACCCUGUCGAGCAGUUCUGGCCUUGUGAGAGUUGUCAGCGAGCUCAUUGCUGCCUCUCUACUCGAGAACAUUGCUUCAGGAAGCAGUGUCUUGGUGCAUGGAUCAAACAAGGACCGGUAUUUGAUCGCCGCUCUGUCUAGCCAGGCGCAAGCCAAGAACAUCCGCAUCACCUGCUCAUACGAUGCCGAGGAGGAUGAGCCGAUUCCCCAAGGACUUGCGCUCAAUGGCCGGUCCCCCAGACACAUCAUUCGCAAGAGCCUUCUGCCGGCCAAGCCAACCCAUUUCCUCAAUCUCACUUCGGCGGGUGGUGACCUCGGCCAGACGAUUGGGCAGGUGUUGACCUCCAUUGGACCCUACAAGCGCAUUGAAGCGUCCGACGUUUCCCGCUUUGAGUCUUCGCUGCCGUCGACCAGUCGCGAGAUUGCUGCAGCCAAGCUCCAAGCGGCUGUGGUUACUGUCACUUCCAUUGCGGAUGAUGCCAGCGAUCUUGUGGCUCCAGUCACACAGAUCACAGAGGCUGGCGCCUCUCUGCUGAACCACCCAACUGCUGUCGUAAACUGGGCCGUCGAUGGCAGCGUCAAGGUUGGUGUGAAGCCUCUUGACGCAACGCAGCUUUUCGGCGAGAACAAGUCCUAUCUCCUCGUGGGCCUCAGUGGUCAGAUCGGCCAGUCAGUCGCAGAGUGGAUGGUGAAGAACGGUGCCGGGUGUGUCUGCCUGACCAGUCGUUCCCCCAAGGUCGAUCUCAAGUGGCUUGAGGCUGUGCAGUCUACUGGCGCCAUCGUCAAGAUCUACGCCAUGGAUGUGACAGACAAGGCCUCUCUUGAGAAGGUGGUUGCUGAUAUCCGAUCAACCUGCCCUCCCAUUGCCGGUGUUGCCAACGGUGCCAUGGUCCUCCACGACAGUCUCUUCGCCAACAUGCCCCUUGAGACGAUGCAAAAGGUCCUCGGCCCCAAGAUUGACGGGUCCAACCAUCUGGACGACAUCUUUUACAACGAGGACCUCGACUUCUUCGUGCUCCUGUCUUCUUCCGCGUGCGUCAUUGGCAACUCUGGCCAGUCCAACUAUGCCGCUUCCAACGGCUACCUCAACAGUCUGGCUCGACAAAGGCGCAAGCGUGGCCUGGCUGCCUCCGCGUUGGAUAUCGGCCGCGUGGCUGGUCUUGGCUAUGUUGAGACAGCUGGACAGGCUGUGAUGGACCAAUUAGAGCGCUUCGGGUUGAUGGCUAUCGCAGAGUCUGAGUUCCACCAGAUGUUUGCCGAGGCCGUCCAGGCCGGUUAUCCCAAGCCUGACGAUAAGGAUGGUAUUCCGGAUGCUGUCGUCACCACGGGCAUCCGCACUAUCCGUGACGACGAGGAUAUUCAAGGCCCUUGGUUCGAGAACCCUCGCUUCAGUCACUGUAUUGUCGAGGCCGCCAAGGGACAAUUGGAUGGUCAAGAUGAGAACAAGAAGACGUCUCUCCCGGUCACGGUUCAGCUGGCGGGCGCGUCGACCAAGGACGAAGCUUUGGAGAUCCUGCAAGGUACGUCUUCAUCCACCACUCAACUGAAAUCAGCACUAACAACCUCUACAGAAUGUUUCUCCUCCAAGCUCAGGGUUAUCCUCCAGAUUAAUGACCAGGCCAUUGACCCAGAGAUUCCCGUCGUGGAGCUCGGUGUCGAUUCUUUGGUCGCUGUUGAAGUUCGUUCUUGGUUCUUGAAAGAAUUGAAGGUUGAUAUUCCCGUGCUCAAGGUGGUGGGAGGUUCUUCUGUUGCCGAGCUCUGCCAGCGCGCUUUGGACAAGCUUCCCGAGGAGAUGCUUUCAGGCAUCGGCAAGGCCGGCUCAGAGUCCAAGCCCAAGCCUGCCGCAAUGAAGACGCUCCCCAAGCCCGAGCCCAAGGUCGAGUCGGCCGGGGCAUCAGAGUACGACUCCACUGCCCCCAGCAUGGUGACCCCGGCGGACGUCACCACUGCCCCUGGUUCUUCCACCCAGCUCUCAUCCCGUUCUGCGUCUUCCGAGAACCUCGCCGCCGACGCCGCCAAGCAGGCUCCUGUUGCCGCCGCCCCACCCGCUCCUCUGAAGUUCGUCAAGAGCGAGCAGAUCUCCUUCGGUCAGUCACGCUUCUGGUUCCUCCGCCUCCUCGUCGAUGACCCAACGACGUUCAACGUUGCUUUCUUUUACCGAGUCACAGGGGCCCUCAGGGUCGGCAGUCUGGAGAGAGCCAUUCGCGUGGUGACUGCCAGACAUGAGGCUCUUCGUACCUGUUUCGUUGCGGACCAGACCGAGGCUGACCAGGCAUACCAAAAGGUGAUUGCUAGCUCGCCACUUCGUCUCGAGCACAAGCAAAUCAGCUGCGAUGAGGAUGUCGCCGUUGAAUACGCCAAGCUCAAGGCCCACGAGUUCGACCUUGCUGCCGGCGAGAGCAUGAAGCUUGUCUUGCUUUCCAAGUCCCCAGAGGACCAUUUCCUUCUCAUCAACUAUCAUCAUAUUGUGAUGGACGGCGUUAGUUUCCAGGUUUUCCUUUCUGAUUUGGAGAAGGCAUACAACAACCAGUCUCUUGGGAAGGCUCCCCGCCAGUUCCCCGACUUUUCUGCCUCGCAACGCCAGGCUUUUGAGAGCGGUGACAUGGCUGCCGACCUCGACCAUUGGCGCGGUAUCUUUCCCGAGGGCCAACAGCCACCAGUGCUCCCUCUCCUCCCCAUGGCCCGGACCAGCUCCAGACUGUCCAUGCAGAACUUUGACAUUCAUCAGGUUGGUUGCCAUCUCGAGCCAGCCUUGGCAGCGCGGAUCAAGGCCGUGUCCAAGGCUCAGCGCUCGACCCCGUUCCACUUCUACCUCGCCGCGUUCAAGACCAUGCUCUUCCUCUUCACGGAAGCGGAUGACCUCACCAUCGGCAUCGCCGACGCCAACCGCACCGACAGCGAUGUAAUGGCCAGCAUCGGCUUCUUCCUCAACCUCCUCACCCUCCGCUUCCGUCGCCAGCCAAGCCAAAAAUUCUCCGACGCCAUCAACGAAGCCCGCAACACGACUUACUCCGGCCUCGCCCAUUCCCGUUUGCCCUUUGACGUGCUGCUCAAGGAACUCAACAUUGCCCGGUCGUCUGCCCACUCCCCCUUCUUCCAGGCCUUCUUCGACUACCGCCAGGGCGCGCAGGAGAAGCACGCAUGGGGCAACUGCCAAUUCGAAGUGCAAGAGCUUCACCCCGGACGAACUGCUUAUGAUAUUACCCUGGACGUGACCGACUCUGCCACUGACGCCCUCGUGAUGUUCCGGGCCCAGAAGAGUUUGUAUGAUCAGACUGCCGCGAACCUGCUGAUGGAGACGUAUGUGCACCUGCUGGAGGUUCUUUCAGCCGAUGUCUCGCUGUCCUUGCAGACAACGCCGCUCUUUGGGGAGAAGCAGGUUGAGGUAGCUGUCAGUGUUGGCCGUGGUCCCGCAAUGGUCUCGGACUGGCCCGGAACCCUUACUCAUCGCAUUGAUCAGGUUGCUGCCGAGAACCCAGACAAGACUGCGCUCAAGGAUGGCCAUGGAAACGUCUUGACGUACAGCGAGAUGAUCAACAGAGUCGAGGCCAUUGGUGAGGCGCUGCAGGGCGCUGGUGUCAGCCAAGGUUCUCGUGUUCCAGUCUUCCAGGACGCCGCCAGUGACUGGGUUUGCUCGAUGCUGGCCAUCUUCCGUGUGGGAGCUAUUUACGUCCCCUUCGACUUGCGCAAUCCUCUCCCUCGCCUCGCCACAGUCGCGGUUGACUGCGAGCCCACUGCCAUUCUUGCCGACAAGACCACCAUCGACCAAGUCCCCCAGCUCAACGUCCCCACCGCCACCGCCAUCAACGUCUCCGGCCUGCCACUCAACGCCUCCAAGCCCGUCCCCAACGUCGCAGAUCCCAACACGCCGGCCGCUAUUCUCUACACCAGCGGUUCAACCGGUCUUCCCAAGGGCAUCAUCGUCACCCACGCCGGUCUGCGCAACGAGAUUGAGGGCUACACCAAAAUGUGGAAGCUCGGCACCCAGCACACCCUCCAGCAGAGCGCGUUCACCUUCAACCACUCUUCUGAUCAAAUCUACACUGGCUUGGUGAACGGGGGGUCAGUCUACGUCGUUCCCUGGGCCACCAGAGGUGACCCCCUUGGCAUCACAGAGAUCAUCAAGAGCGAGGGCAUCACGUACACCAAGGCGACACCCUCCGAGUACUCCCUCUGGAUGCAGUUUGGCAACGAGAAUCUCCGGGACGCUAGCUGCUGGCGAUUUGCAUUUGGUGGUGGUGAGCCUCUGGUCAGCGGUGUGACCAAGGAAUUUGCUGCUCUGGAGUUGUCUGAGCUGAAGUUCUUCAACUCGUACGGGCCGACCGAGAUUUCGAUUUCCUCGCACAAGAUGGAGAUGCCGAUCCAUAAUGCCCAGGCCAUUGAAGCCAUGGGUCGGAUUCCCUGCGGUUACUCAUUGCCCAACUAUUAUACCUAUAUUGUUGAUCAGCAGCUGAGGCCCGUUCCUGUCGGGAUGCCUGGGGAGGUGUGCAUUGGGGGGGCCGGUGUUUCCCUUGGCUAUCUGAAGAACGAUGAGUUGACCGGCAAACACUUUGUUGCCAACCCCUUCGCCACCAAGUCUGAUGUCGCUAGCGGUUGGACUCGGAUGUAUAGGACAGGGGAUAUCGGGCAUCUCCAAACCGACGGUGCCAUGGUCUUCCACAACCGCACGGAUGGGCAGAUCAAAAUACGCGGAUUGCGUAUAGAGCUCGCUGAUAUCGAAAACAACAUUGUUGCGGCGUCUGAUGGUGCUUUGAAGGAGGCAGUCGUCGCUCUCCGUGAGGGCAACCCCGACUUUCUCAUUGCCCACGUUGUGUUUGCACCUCAGAGCAACGUUGCCGACAAGGAGGCCUUCUUGCAACACCUUCUUGGUCACUUGCAGAUUCCUCAGUACAUGGUUCCGGUCGCCGCCAUUCCCCUUGACAAGCUCCCCUUGACGAACCAUUCGAAGGUGGACCGCAAAGCGCUCAAAACUAUCGCUCUGCCGCAGCGCACCUCCACCGCCUCCCAGGAGGAAGACACCACCGAGAUGACCGAGACCAUGCUUCAGCUCCGCCGUGUCUGGCAAGACGUCCUCGGCCACAACAACGACAACUCCCUCACCUUCGACAUCGCCCCCUCGACAAACUUCUUCCUCGUGGGCGGAAACUCCCUGUUGGUCAUCCGUCUCCAAUCCCGCAUCCGCCAGUCCUUCAACGUCGUCAUCAAGCUGGUAGAUCUCCUCGGCUCCAACACCCUCUCCGCCAUGGCCCGCAAAAUCGAAGAAACCCCCUCCGUCACCACUAUCGACUGGGACACCGAAACCACCCCCCCAACCAUCCCCUCCUUCCUCUCUUCCAUCCCCCGCACCCCAGUCUCCACCUCCCCAAAAACGAUCCUCCUCACCGGCGGAACAGGCUUCCUCUCCCGCACCCUCCUCCCCCUCCUCUCCUCCUCCCCAUCCAUCUCCCAAAUCCACGUCAUCUCCAUCCGCAACUCCAAACCCCUCCCCUUCACCUCCUCCAAAAUCAUCCCCCACCCCGGCGACCUCUCCUCCCCUAUGCUCGGUCUCUCAGAAUCAGACUUCACCACCCUAGCCAGCAAAGUCGACGCAGUCAUCCACCUCGGCGCCGUCCGCUCCUUCUGGGACAACUACCACGUCCUCCGACCAUCAAACGUCCACCCGACAAAGGAGCUCGUCAAGCUCGCCAGUCCGAGACAGAUCCCAAUCCAUUACAUCUCUACCGUUGGGGUCCUGCCGGCGGGAGUGGAAAGGGAGACAUCGGCAAAAUAUCACUUGCCGGCUGGGGAUGGGUCGAAUGGGUAUGUAGCGUCGAGAUGGGCGAGCGAGCAGAUUUUGGAGAGGUCGGGGUUGCCAGUUAGGGUGUAUCGUUUCUUGCCUGCGACUACUGGGGAAGACACGGAGAGGAAGGUGUUGGAGGAGUUUGGGCGGUUUGUGAAGCUGUCGGGCAAGGUUCCUGAUUUUGGGGGGUGGGAGGGGAAGAUUGAUUUGAUCGAGGCGGGGAAGGUGGCUGGGUGGUUGAGCGAGGAGGUCGAAGGUGGGGUUGAAGGAGUUGGGUAUAGGCAUUGGAGGAGUGAGGUUGAGCUGACGGUGAAAGAAUUGAGUGAGUAUAUCGAGCGGAAUCUGGCGCAGCCGAGAGAAAAGUAUGAGACGAUGGCGGGGUUGGGGUGGAUCGGGUUGAUCAAGAAGCUCGGGUUUGGGUAUUUCUUUUCGGGGCAGAACGCGUCGGUCGGGAAGGAGAAGAGUCGGUUUGAGUCGAGGAGAUGA